AUGAGUUUCCUUGCAAAAACAUUUUCGCAAGUUAUUGCACGCGCAGGAACAACAACAGCACUUCUUUCAAAACCACGCUAUCCAACAUCAUUGACUUACCGUUUAGCUUCGGGACAAUCAUCUCAACAAAGUGAUAAUAAGGAGCAAAAGAAAUAUGAAUAUUUAUUAGUUGAUAUUAAAGGAAAGAAUUCAAAUGUAGCACUUGUUCAACUCAAUCGACCAAAAGCAUUAAAUGCAUUAUGUGAUGGUUUGAUGAGAGAAUUAAGUACGGUCUUGGAGACAAUUGAUAAAGAUGACAAAAUUGGUUGUAUUGUUUUAACAGGCAGUACACGUGCAUUUGCUGCUGGUGCUGAUAUAAGAGAAAUGCAAAAUAAUACAUUGGCACAAGUUGUUGGUGCAGGUUUUCUUGAUCAAUGGUCAGCAGUAGCAAAAAUUAAAAAACCAAUUAUUGCUGCUGUUAAUGGUUUUGCAUUAGGAGGUGGCUGUGAGUUAUCAAUGAUGUGUGAUAUAAUUUAUGCUGGUGAAGAAGCAGAAUUUGGUCAACCAGAAAUUAUUCUUGGUACUAUUCCAGGUGCCGGUGGUACUCAACGUUUACCUCGUUAUGUUGGUAAAUCAAAAGCUAUGGAAAUGGUAUUAACAGGCAAUCGAAUAAAAGCAAAAGAAGCUCAUCAAAUUGGUUUAGUUAGUGCUGUUUAUCCAGCAAAUCAACUUAUUGAUGAAGCUGUUAAAACAGCUGAAAAAAUUGCAAGUCAUUCAAGAAUUGUUGUACAACUAGCUAAAGAAGCAGUUAAUACAGCAUUUGAAACAACAUUGGCUGAAGGAAAUCGAUUUGAAAAACGUAUUUUUCAUACAACAUUUGGUUUAGAUGAUCGAAAGGAAGGUAUGACGGCAUUUGUAGAAAAACGUAAACCAAAUUUUACUGGCCAAUAA